AUGGACAGUGACUCCCAUGCGUUGUUUGGUGGCUGGGGGUUAGCACUGACCUCGCAGCAGCAGCAGCAGCAGCAGAACAGCAGCGACUCGCAGCUUCGACAGGCUUCUGGCUUCCCCUGCUCUAUUGCCUCCUUGUUUGAAGACGCAUCGCAGACACAGCAGCAACAGCAGCAGCAGCAGCCGCCCCCGCAUCAGCAGCAACAGCAAGCUGACCAGCACCCUCCUUCUCCUUCAUCUCCUCCAGCAGAACCACGAUUCUUCUUGGAAUAUGUGGUCCUCGAAAACUUCAAGUCCUACAGCGGCCGACAUGUAUUGGGCCCCCUGCAGAGCAGCGUCGCCAUCAUAGGAGCGAACGGAUCUGGUAAAAGCAACAUUGCGGAUGCAAUAUGCUUUGGUCUUGGGGUAACAGGCCGCAGUCUGCGCAGCAACGCCCUGAUGGAUCUUCGUCACACAGCGGGAGAGGAGGGGGGCAGCCCACCCACUGCAGUGUCUCUGCAUUUCCGCCGCCGUGCGUCCCAAGGCACGGAGGGGGAGGUUCUUGUGCUACAGCGUCAGAUCACCAGCGGCAGCUCCGGCAGCAGCAGCAGUAUUUACAGUGUAGAUGAUAAGCGGGUGACUGCAGAAGAAUACCGUCGGAUCCUUGGAGAAAGGCUCUCUCUUGGGCCUCAUACAAUAGCGGCCUCUAUGUUGCUACAGGUAGUACGAAGUGGUGAUUCGUCGGUGACGGCUGCGGCGAGGAACCCGCUUGAGCUUACACGACUAAUCGAGCGCGUCGGUAGCAGCGAGGACUGGCCCGAGCAGUUCGCUGCGGCUGAAGCUCGAGCGGCGACUUUGCGCAGAGAGGCACGCGCAGCCUUCAGCAGCAAGCAGCAGUUGCUCGCGUCCUUGCGAGUCUUACAGGCGCAGAAGAAGGAAGUAAACAUGUACAAGGAGUUACAGGAGAAACUCUCGCUCUUGCUGCAACUCUUUGUCGUGGAUCGCCGUGCAGCGCAGCUGCACGAGCUGGAAACUGCCGAGACAGCACGAGCUGGAACCCUUCUGCUUGAGCUGCAGCAAAAGCUGCAGCAAGCCGAAACAGCCGAUCAAAAGCGAAUACGCGUCUCCUUGCAGUUAGAGCAGCGAAAAACCCUCACAAAGAAACAGGCAAUCAAGACCAGCCUUGUGCGUGCGGAGAUGGUCGAAUGUCUUGAGAGACUACGUUUCGCGGAGCAACAGCAGCAGCAGCAAGAGCAUAAGCUGCUGCAGAAGCAGCAGGAGUGCAGCAAGCUGCGAGAUCUGGAAAAUGAACUUUCUGCCGAAGUUAUCCGGCUGUCAGACGAGCAGCACCGUAUCAAGGACGAUGUGGAAGCGAAGCAAAAGUUUUUGCGGCAGAAGCUAUCGCAGGAGCAGCAAGCCAAUUUGCUGCAGCUGCAGCAGGUAGCAAGCGGCAGACUCGCCGAACUCAAGCAGCAGCUUGCCACCAAGAAGCCGCUUUUGCAGCAAGCCACGAGCGCCCUUGACAUCCUCGAGAGAGAGUGCGUAGAACUUGAACGACGUAUAGCCUGUUUUCGAGAACUGGGAGUACGUAACUGGUGCCUUGCGCAGAGCGAGGCGCAGCAGAAACAAACGGCUGCUGCAGAAACGCUUCAGCGGCUCCUGAAGGAAGCUGCUGGUGUCAAGGAGGCUAUGGCAGAAGCCCAUGAGCAAACCAGAACAAGCGCAGCUCGCCGUGAGGAACUCUUGAGGCUCCAGAAGGAUUUGCAGGAGCAGUUGGCUCUCGUGCGAGGCUUGCAACACGAUUCGAAUCAGCAUCAGCAGCUUUUGCAAGUCUAUGAAGAUCUGCGCACGAAGGCGAUGCUGCAAGAUUCGUUGUAUGGUACUGCGGGAGAGUGUUGCAGCCCCUCGAACAAGCGAUUCGCGCUUGCAGUUGCUGCAGCUGUCGGCCGAUGGAGAAACGCACUCGUAGUGAAGAAUGUUGCAACUGCCAACGCAGCCAUUCAACAUCUGAGAUCCAACCGCCUUCAAGCAGUGGACUUUCUGCCGCUGGAUAGACUGCGGGAGAGACGAUCGCGCUGCAGCAGCGAUGAACAGCCGGAAAUCUCCAGUGAAGGGGGCGCCUUCUUUGAGCCUCCAAACUGCGACAGUUUACCUCCACAGUGUCGGUGGGCUGUGGACUGUGUGGCAUGCGACUCUGAGCUGAGAGCUGUUGUUGAGUUCGUCUUGUCUGACUGCAUCGUUGUUCCCUCCCUCAUUGUUGCCCAGCAGCUAAAGGCAACACCUGCCUUCAGCAAGUUUAGGUUUGUUUCGCUGGAGGGAGAACGAUUGCAGCACAGCGGAGUUUACGCCAUCGACUCUGGUGCGGCAACAGCGGCUAUCCCCAACGCCACAGGCCGAAUGCAUGCCCUUCAGCAUGACGAACUCUUGCGCAGAGCAGAGGAAAUCCACAAGGAGCUUCACAAGAUUGAUAUUCUCGAGAGCGGUGGAUCGGAGAUUUCUCAGAGGCGGCAGCAGCAGCUAGACAGAUUGCACAGGUUAGCGCUCCAGCAGCAAACCAAGCAGAAAGCGUGGGAGCAACAACAAGAGCAGCAGGAGCAACAGCUGCAGCAGCUGUUGCAGCAGCACGCCCAACUGAGGGAGCGAUGCGACAUCCAAAAGCAGCGUGCAGCAACCCUCGCAAAAGAAGUUGAGGAGCUGCAAGAGGCUUCCGCCGAUGCGCAGGCAGCCGCGAUGGCCAGGCUUUCCAAGGAGCUUAAACUGUCGCAGGCAGAGUUGCGCGAUCUUCUGCUGGAGCGAGAGCAGCAGCAACAGCAGCGAAGCCUUGCUGCGAAGCUUCACGUGCAGCAGCUGCGGCUCGAGGCGGAGCUGAAGGACUGCCGUAACCGUCUGCAGGAUGCCACGGAGACAGCAGAGGCUGCAGGUGCAGAGCUCAAACAGCAGAACCUACGUGACAGCCUGACGCAGCAGCUCGCCAAAUACGAGCAGCAGCUGGAAGCCGCAGAGCAGCAGCACCACGAGAGGGUCGAGCAGCAGACGCAGCAGCAAAAGGCUUUGCAGGAAGUAGAGGGGCAGCUGCAGCAACUGAGAGACGAUUCGGAUCGAUUGCUGCGGGAGAAGGCAGCAGCAACGGCAGCAGCAGUCGCAGCGAAGCAGCAACAGCAGCAACAGUAUGCAGAAGCGGUUCAUGUAUUGAGGCAGGCUGAUGCACUUGGCGUAGAGCUGCCCUUGCAGCGUGGAUCGUGGUCCGAUGUACAACAGUUUCUCUCUGCAUCCGAAGCCUCGCACCAGCCAGACAGCUUUUCCAGCCUCAGCGCUUUCUUUUCGAUGGACUGGAACGCCCUCCCCUCCAACCUUCGGCAGCCUGCAGCAGCAGCAACAGCAGCUGCAGGAGCAACUACGCGAGCUGAAUCCGAAUUUCAAGGUCGAUCAGAAGCUCGAGGAAGUGAAGACACAGCUCCAGCAGCAAGAGGAGGCUCAGCAGUCGCAGCGUCUUGCGGCAACACAAGCAGAAGAUGA